UGGUCCCGUCCCGGUGGGAGUCCGAGUGCCCCCCCAGCGGGCACCGUCACCCCCAGGAUGGGCAUCCCCCUGCCCAGGGCACACAGACCGUCACCCCCCCGCUUAACACUGGACCCCCAAAGGCACCGAGUACCUCCGAAAUCAGCGAACACCCCCCAAAACGGGGCAUCACCUCCUCCACGACGAUGAUCCCCCCCCAGAGAUGGUGCCGCACCCCAAAAGGACUCACAUCAGCACUCCCCCGGCUCAGACCCUGCUGAGCUGCUCUAGGAAUGUCCCCACGGAGCCCCUGCCCCUCCGAGUGCCCCAAAUCACCCCCCAGCCAAACCGGGGCCACCCCAGAAGCACAGCCCGGCUGCGGGGGUGCCGGGGGGCACCUCUGCCCCUGCUCUGUCUCCGCGUGUCCCUACCUGGGCCGGGGCUCCCGGUGCCGGGGUGGCUCUGGUGGCUGUCGGGCUGUGUCCCCUCCGGGCGCCCCGAGUGUCCCCUAAUCUGCCACUGGCGCGGGGGGGUAUUUUUAGCCGCUGUUAGAGCGGAGAGAAUGUCACCCACCCCCUCUCUGUGCCCCCCACCCGUUGUCGAGGGGGCGAAGGGACAGCGAAGUGACACCACCCGCCAGGGCCACCGCUGUGCCAGGCUGGGAGGGCACAAGAGCCACGUGGGACAGUGGGGACCCCCAGCCUGAGUCAUGUCCCCUGCCCCGCACUGUCCGCACACGCGGGGAGGGGGGUGGCGUCUGGUAUUUUAAUUGGACCCCCCUCAUUAGCGCCGAGUUCAUUAGAGGCUCAGAGAGGGCUUUGUGUCCGCGGGGACAGCGGGAACAGAGUGUCCCCAAGCAACGGCGCUGGCAGGGAACGUGCGCCCGGUGGGACGUGGGGACAGCGGUGCGGCGACAUGGAGCCCCCUGGGAAGUGCAGGGAUUUAGGGACCCUAGACCCAAACAUCGGGCACCUGCAGGACUUGUGCGAGUCCCAAAGCCCACCCCGGGGCGGGGGGCUCCCCCUGCGGUGCCCACCAGGCUCGCAGGAGGAAGGGAAGGCACCCACCUGUCCUCCAGGGUUUGGGGGGGCUGCUGGGCUGGGGGAUGGGCUGGGAGGGGGGUGCUGAGCCCGGGGAGAGGAGGAGGAGGAGGAGGAGGAAGGCUGAGCCACGAUCCCAUUAAAGAGCUUAGGCAGCGGGAGGGCGGUGCCCAGCGGGGCAGGAUUAGGGGGCCUCGUAACCCACCCCCGGGGGUAAUUAGCUCCCUUUUCCCUGCAGGAGGAAUCCCCCAGUGCCACCGUCCCCUGCCAUCACCCCCCUGCCACCACCCUGUCCCCCUGUCACCACCCAGGCCCCUGACACAGCUCCAGAGCACCCAGGGGAGAGGGACACACAUGGGCUGAUCCCAUCCCCAGUGGUCCCCCAAAAGUGGGAUCACAGCCCACAAACAGGAGGGAGCCCCAAAACGAUCCCCACUUCCCAAGUGACCUCAGGGGAGUGGUCCCCACGGGCAGGGGUGUCACGCUGAUGCUCCUCCUUAUGUAAAGCUCCCUGCCCACCUCCCUGAGAUGCUCCGUCUUUUUUUUUCCUCCCUGAGCCCUAAUCUUUGCCAUCUUGGGCUAAUUGGAUUUCCUGGGUCACAUGGCAAGAUAAAAAGUCCCCAAAUCCCACGGUCAAAAAAAAUCAGGUUAUCCAUGGGGAAUUAAGGGAGAGAGCGGGGGGCAGCCAGCAGCGAGGACCCACCAAAGAGGGCUGAGUGCUGCCAGCUCGGGGCACCCCAACGUUAGGGUGGGGGGUACCUGCUUCACCUUUUUUGGAAUUUCCGGCUCAUCCCUUUGUGCCCACCUCGUCACCGAGGUGUGCCUAUUAUCUCCUUGAAGAGCUGGAAAAACCUGGGGACCUAGAGGAGAUUGUGGAGUUACUGGAGGAGGAGAACGAAGCCAUGGGGAGCGGCGCCAGUGCUGAGGACAAGGAGAUGGCCAAGAGGUCCAAGGAGCUGGAGAAGAAGCUCCAGGAGGAUGCAGAUAAGGAGGCCAAGACGGUCAAGUUGCUGCUGCUUGGGGCUGGAGAGUCAGGGAAGAGCACCAUCGUGAAGCAGAUGAAGAUCAUCCACCAGGACGGUUACACAGAGGAGGAGUGCAUGGAGUUCAAGUCCAUCAUCUAUGGCAACAUCCUCCAGUCCAUCCUGGCCAUCAUCCGCGCCAUGUCUACGCUGGGCAUCGACUACGCUGAGGCCUCCUGCGCGGAUGAGGGCCGGCUGCUCUUCAACCUGGCUGACUCCAUCGAGGAGGGCACCAUGCCCCCCGAGCUGGUCACCUGCAUCAAGAAGCUGUGGAAGGAUGGGGGGGUCCAGGCGUGUUUCGACCGCGCUGCCGAGUACCAGCUCAACGACUCGGCCGCGUAUUACCUGAACCAGCUGGACAGGAUCACGGCCCCCAACUACCUCCCCAACGAGCAGGAUGUGCUGCGAUCCCGAGUGAAGACCACAGGGAUCAUCGAGACCAAGUUCUCUGUCAAAGACCUGAAUUUCAGGAUGUUUGACGUGGGAGGGCAGCGCUCAGAGAGGAAGAAGUGGAUCCACUGCUUCGAGGGCGUGACCUGCAUCAUCUUCUGCGGGGCCCUGAGCGCCUACGACAUGGUGCUGGUGGAGGACGACGAAGUGAACCGGAUGCAUGAAUCCCUGCACCUAUUCAACAGUAUAUGCAACCACAAGUUCUUUGCUGCUACCUCCAUCAUCCUCUUCCUCAACAAGAAGGACCUUUUUGAGGAAAAGAUUAAGAAAGUCCAUCUCAGCAUCUGCUUCCCAGAGUAUGAUGGUCCAAACACGUUUGAGGACGCAGGGAAUUACAUCAAGACCCAGUUCCUGGACCUCAACAUGAGGAAGGACGUGAAGGAGAUCUACAGCCACAUGACCUGUGCCACAGACACGCAGAACGUCAAGUUUGUCUUCGACGCCGUCACAGACGUGAUCAUCAAAGAGAACCUCAAGGACUGCGGCCUCUUCUGAGCACCAGAAGAAGAAACCAUUCCCGUCUCACCGUUCUGCUGAGCAGAGCCAAAGGAAGAACCAACCCCCACCACACAUCACUCGCUCCCACUUUUUCUAUGACCUGCCCAAAUCUGCCUCCUUCCAAACCCAAACUAGGAAGGGGCUGAAGCUCAACUUCCUUCUCCCUUUCAUGGCCAUUUCCUCUUUUAUUUUUUUUUUCCCAAGGAAGGACCCCUGUUCUCAGCGUUUCACAGGAGGUUUGACACCAGAGAGCAGAGCCAGGAAUAGGAAUAGUGAGGGAAUUUGGGAGGUAGGAUAGACUAGGUAGAUAGAUUGCCCCCUUGCCCUUCCCUCUGCAGCCUAUUCCAGCCCUUGGACCAAAGCUGGAUUAAUCCAGGAUGGAAGUUCUGGGGAAGGUGGAGGCUUCAUUACCUCCGAGUCACUCCUGGGAACCAACCUCAGUCUUUCCUGGGAACCAACUCAGCCCUUGGGCAGGACAAAUCAGGGGUUUGUGGGGUUGUUUUGGGCCCUAAAUGGAGGGAAUUUCUCAGGCAGGAGAGGCUGGGGAAGGGAAUCCCAACUCCAGCCCAGGAAUGGGCUGGAUAAAGAGGAAAUGGUUACUUGAAAGAUUUUCAUUCUGCUACUUAGAGCUGCAUUUGCUCUGUCUGUUUGUAAAUAAUCCAUAGAUGAGCCCUGUAUCCAUCCUCUCCCUGUCUCCUGCAGAGAUCUCCCAUGCAGCUUCAUUAACUGUAGGAAAACACAAUAAAGGAAUACGCAUGACGUGGAUGUUCUUCCUUUCUCCCACUUCCACUUUGAUCUAUUCCUGUGUCCCAGAGCCUGGAUCAAGAGAUGUUUCACCUCCUUUGCAUCCAUCCUGGGGGUGUAUGGAUC